AUGGAAUCCACUACAGCCCUUAAAACCAUCACUCUUGGUCAACAGAGUUGUAAGGUAUUUGGACGACUCUUACGCCUAUGGGAUGCAAUAAACAUGAAAUCCAAGUUUGCAGAUCCUCUCAUCAGCAUUGAUGGUGUCCUUUUAGAUGAAGAUGGCAAUAUGGCGCAGAUUAGUGUACCGAAAAAAUUCAAAGAUUUCCGCCCCUUACUCACAGAAGGACAUAUCUACAUCUUUAAUGAUAUUGCAGCCAUUGAUAUAAAAAACAAAACCCAUAUAUAUCACCACCAAAACUAUAUGUUGCAAUUCAAGCACAUCACUAAGGUUCACCGACUUGAAACCAGAGGAACAAAUAUACCCAAGUUUUCCUUCAAUUUUUGUCCAUUUGAUAAUCUACCAGAAAAAGAUACUUUUGUAAAACCACUUCAAGAUAUAAUAGGAGUCAUUAGCCACGUUGGGCCAUUUGAUUAUGCAAGUCAGACAUCUACAAAUAAACUCAGGAAAAUCAAAAUUCGAAACCUAGAUGAACAGACACAAGAAAUACGUCUUUGGGGCCACCAUGGUGAAACAUUUGAUGAAGAAGUUGUACUCGAAAAAUCACAAGAAGGCAUUGUAGUUGGCAUUUUUGCGGGUCUCGCAACUGGGAGCUUUCUAGCUAUAAAUGGGAAUCUCCAGCUCUGCGACAACAACUACCUCAGGUUAUGUAUUUAUGUCCUAUUCAAGCAGCAGGGAAAAUGUACACACUUCAACAAAUAUCAGAUAUGCCCACCUCAAAUUUUCAGGUACAAGCUACCAAUUACACUUACAGAUGACUCGGGAGAUUUAGAUGACAUUGCUUUCUCUAAAAUUGCUGAAGAACUGGUUGAGCGAGAUGCCAUCCAAGCUUCUCCAAACAUGAAAGUUGAUACCGCGGAACAUGUGACCGCCCUAUAG